AUGUUUGUCUCAUUACUAUCCCCUCCCAAUCCCUCUUCUGUCGUCCAUUUUGAAAAGCUUGUUAAAUUUUUCUUUCGUUUUUUUACAUUUUCCUUCUUUUUGUGUAUUCCUGUUCAUUCUUUCCAGGUUUUUCUUUUUUCAGGAUUUUGUUUCUUUACAGCUUUAUCCUGUUUUACCCUUCCUUCCUUCCUUUACAGCUUUAUCCUUCUUUCCGUUUUACCCUUCCUUCCUUUACAGCUUUAUCCUUCUUUCUGUUUUACCCUUCCUUCCUUCCUUCCGUCCUUUACAGCUUUAUCCUUCUUUCCGUUUUACCCUUCCGUCCUUCCUUCCUUCUUUCCUUUACAGCUUUAUCCUUCUUUCCGUUUUACCCUUCCUUCCUUCCUUCCUUUGGCUUUAUCCUUCUUUCCGUUUUACCCUUCCUUCCUUCCUUCCUUUACAGCUUUAUCCUUCUUUCCGUUUUACCCUUCCUUCCUUCCUUCCUUUACAGCUUUAUCCUUCUUUCCGUUUUACCCUUCCUUCCUUCCUUCCUUCCUUUACCCUUCCGUCCUUCCUUCCUUUACAGCUUUACCCUUCUUUCCUUCCUUCCUUUACAGCUUUAUCCUUCUUUCCUUCCUUCCUUCCUUCCUUUACAGCUUUAUCCUUCUUUCUGUUUUACCCUUCCUUCCUUUACAGCUUUAUCCUUCUUUCCGUUUUACCCUUCCUUCCUUUACAGCUUUAUCCUUCUUUCCUUCCUUCCUUUACAGCUUUAUCCUUCUUUCCUUCCUUCCUUCCUUUACAGCUUUAUCCUUCUUUCCGUUUUACCCUUCCUUCCUUCACAGCUUUAUCCUUCUUUCUGUUUUUCCGUUCUUUCUCUUCGGCCCUCCUCCCUCCCUUCCCGUUUUUCCCCUUCGUUCUUUCCAGCUUGUUUUUCUUUGUUUCUUUCCAUUUCCCUCCUUUCUUUACAAGUUUAUCUUUUUUCUUUCCAAGUUUAUCUUUCUUUCCAGGUUUUUUUCUUUCUUUCUUUGUGUUUUCUUUUCUUAUUUCUUUCUUUCUAAGUUUUUCUUUCCAGAUUUUUAUUUCUUUCCAGAUUUUUCCAAAUUUCUUUCUUUCCGAUUUUCCAUUCUUUUCGGUCUUCCCGUUUUCUCUUUCCUUGUUGUUGUAGUUUUUCUUUCCUUUCAUGUUUUUCUUUUUUUUUUUUUUUGUCUUUACUGUUCUUUAACCUGCACAUCUACCACAACGCCAUUCACUUGUCUAUCCGUAUCUAACAAUUUAUUUGUCUCUAAACGUAUCUAUCUCUCUCUAUAA